CACCAUUGCUCUUAUUCAAAGGCCAGCGCUCUCAGCGCUCUUGUUCCCGUUCUCACAACUCCUCGAUACAGUCGACCGCCGUGCAGCCAAGUUGUCGAGUCAAUACCCAGCGCUUGACAAGAAAUUCGACGCAGCUCCACCCUCGCCACCUAACAUCGGUUUUCCCGCUUAAGGCCCCGACUCACGGUAACUCUGAAGGUUGUAAUCUCAAGUCGGCCCCGCACUUCCCCGGCGCCUUCCCCACGACACCAGCGCCCACUCGUUGCCAGCCGACAGCAACGGUCUCGGCCAUGACGAGCAACACACGAGAUCCUUCCCCAUCGUCGACACUUAUAACCGACGCGGCGCAGCCGACGCAGCCGAGCAUCCCCGCCGUCAACCAUCGGCCACGCCCAGCUGCUGGUGAUCACUCAAUGCAGGCCAGCAUGGCCAUCGACGAAAAGGCGGCUAUGAGGGAGAAGGAUUCGUCGUCGGCGUCAUCGACAUCCUCAAAAGAGUACGAGGAGCGCGGUGUCAUUGAAGUCGACCAUGAUGGUAUGAAGCGCAAGGUCAAGGUCGUUGUCGAAGACAAAACCGGUAAAGAACAGUUCAAGGAUGCCGAGGGCGGACCAUACUCUCAACCAAGAUGGCUGCACUCGCUCCCCUUCAUGCGGCCAAAGUACCCCCCGCCUCCGCCGCCUCUGUCGCUCGAUGAUGCGAAGCUCACACCUGAGGUCAGCGCGAACUGGUUCUCGUUCCUCUACUUCAACUGGGUGUCGCCCAUGAUGGCGCUUGGCGACGCACGCCCGUUGGAGGCUACGGACCUGUGGCGGUUGGACGACAAGCGGAGCGCAGGGCGCUUGGCCCGCAUCCUCUCACAAAAGUACGAGGAGCGCAAGGCUCGCGCCGAAGAAUACAACGCCAAGCUCGCGGACCCGAGAACGCCGCUCCCUCGGCGCCAGCGUUGGACGUACCCGCUCAUGCCCAACCGCGAGAAGCGCGAGGCCGAUUUCCGCGCCAAGGGCGGUCAAAAGAAGCCCCAGCUCGCAAUGGCCCUCCUCGACGUCUUCGGGUGGUGGUUCUGGAUUGCAGGCUUCCUGAAGCUCAUCGCCGACUGCUGUCUUGCCUGUUCCCCGCUCCUCAUCCGCGCGCUCAUCCGCUGGGCUACCCUGAACGAAUACGCACGCAAGGGCCUCAUUACCCAGGCCCCCAAGGUAGGCCAAGGCAUCGGAAUGGCUUUCGGCCUGCUUGCCAUGCUUUGCGUCUCGUCUGUCGCCCUGCACCACUAUUUCUACCGCACAAUGGGAACGGGUGUGCUUGCGCGCUCGGCCCUUAUCUCGGCAAUCUAUGAGCGUUCCCUCCGCCUCACGCAGAAGGCACGCGGCGAGCUACCAAAUGGAAAGAUUGUGAACCACAUCUCCACAGACACGGCUCGCAUUGAUUUCGCUGCAGGCUUCGUGCAUAUCCUGUGGACGGCACCGAUCCAGUUCAUUGUGAUCGCGGUCAUUCUUAUCAUCGAACUCGGAUACUCCUCCCUUCCAGGCAUUAUCUUCCUCCUCGUUAUGACGCCCGGACAGGCGAUCAUCAUGAAGAAGCUCUUCCUCGUUCGCAAGAAGUCGAUGGUUUGGACCGACAAGCGUGCGAAGCUCCUCCAGGAGAUCCUUGGCGGCAUGAGACUCGUGAAGUUCUUCGCUUGGGAGGCGUCGUUCCUUGAGCGCAUCAACGCGGUGCGCCGCAUGGAGCUCGGCUACGUCCGCACGCUCCUCAUUGUGCGUUCCGGCAUGAUGGCCUUUGCCAUGUCGCUGCCAGUUCUAGCUACGAUUCUCGCCUUCGUUACCUACUCCCUCACAUCUCACAAGCUCGAGGCCGCAACCAUUUUCACCUCCGUCACGCUUUUCAACUUGAUGCGUAUGCCGCUCAUGAUGUGGCCCAUGACUCUCAGCGCCACUGCCGACGCCAUCAACGCACUUGGUCGUCUCCAGGCUGUGUUUGAUGCUGAGGUUACAACCGAAGAGCGCAUGAUCGACCCUGACCUCAAGGACGCUGUGGUGAUCAAGGACGCGUCGUUCACAUGGGACGCGGCCCCACCGGCUGAGGACGAGGUUACCAAGCUGGAGGCCAAGCUCGCCGCAGCCCAGAAGGGCGUCAAGCCAGCGGGCAAGUCGCCUAAGAAGUCUAAGGAGCCCAAGGAGAAGAAGUUUGGUGGUCAGACGCCAGCGGCUGGGCCACAAGGCAACUCGCAGGACGACGUCUUCCAGAUCAAGAACAUCAGCCUCACCAUCCCGUCCGGUUCGCUGACUGCGAUCGUCGGCCCCAUCGGCUCGGGCAAGUCGUCGCUCCUCCAGGGCCUCAUGGGCGAGAUGCGCCGCACAUCUGGUAGCAUCAAGUUCCAGGGCACGACCGCUUUGUGCGCCCAGUCGCCCUGGAUUCAGAACGCAACUGUGCGCGAGAACAUUCUGUUCGGGCAGCCAUGGAACGAGGAGAAGUACUGGGCAGCCGUGCGGGACGCAUCGCUUGAGCCGGAUCUCGUGCUUCUCGAGGAUGGUGACGGCACUGAGAUCGGUGAGAAGGGUAUCACCCUUUCGGGUGGACAAAAGCAGCGCGUGAAUAUUGCGCGUGCGCUGUACUACGAUGCCGACAUUAUCGCUUUGGACGAUCCCCUUUCGGCACUCGACGCCGGCGUCGGCAAGCAGGUCUUUUUCAACGCGAUCCUCGGUGCGCUUUCCGGCAAGACACGUAUCCUUGUCACGCACGCGCUGCACUUCCUCCCGCACGUCGACCACAUUAUCGUGCUUGAAAACGGCCGCGUCUCGGAGACCGGAACGUACCAGGAGCUCAAGGAUGCGGAAGGUCCCUUCUCCAAGCUCGUUCGCGAGUUCGGCUCUGAGGAUGUGGAAGAGAAGGAGGCUGGCGACGAGGAGGAGGCAAUCGAGGAGGACAACGCUCCGCACAAGCCGAUCGACCGCUCCAAGAUGACUACUCGCGGCCUCGGCCACGGCAUGCUCAUGCAGCUCGAGGAGCGCAACCAGGGCGGCCUGCAGAAGGGCACCUUCUCCGGGUACCUCCGCGCAGGCAAGGGCUACAUCAUGCUCCCGCUGCUAAUCAUCGCCACCGUCAUCGGUCAAGGCUUCACCGUCAUGUCUCAGUACUGGAUGGUGUGGUGGCAGCAAGGCCAGUGGGGAUUGAGCAACAACGCAUUUAUGGGUGCCUACGCCGCCCUCGGUGUCGGUCAGGCCCUCGGCGUCUUCGUCAUUGGCUCGUUCAUGUCGCUCAUCAACUUCUUCGCCUCGGUCAACAUCCACCGCGACGCAAUUAAGAGUGUCAUGUAUGCGCCGCAGAGCUUCUUCGACACGACGCCGCUCGGGCGUAUUAUGAACCGGUUCAGCAAGGAUGUUGACACGAUUGACAACACGCUUUCCGACGCGGCCCGCAUGUCGCUGAACAUGAUCGCCAACGUCAUCGGCUCGGUCGUCCUGCUCGCAGUCAUCUCGCCGUGGUUCCUGAUCGCCGUGGCUGUCGUGCUCCUCCUCUACCUGCACUGCGCCCAGUACUACCGCGCCUCGUCGCGCGAGUUCAAGCGCGUCGACUCGAUCCUCCGGUCCUCGCUGUACUCGCACUUUUCCGAGUCAUUGUCAGGCAUUUCCACUAUUCGGGCGUACGGUGAAAGCGAUAGAUUCAACAAGGAGAACGUCAAGCGCAUGGACGUGGAGAACCGUGCUUAUUACAUGACUAUCAUCAAUCAACGCUGGCUCGGUAUUCGCCUCGACAUGCUCGGGUCGCUACUCACCUUUGCUGUCGCGCUUAUCGUGGUCCUCAACAACAAGGUCUCGGCAGCGCAUUCGGGCCUGGGCCUAUCAACGAUGCUCACGAUUCAACAGGUCUUCUCGUGGCUUGUGCGCCAACUCGCCGAGGUCGAGAACGACAUGGUCGGUGCUGAGCGCAUUAUGUACUACGCCAACAACCUGGAGCAGGAGCCGCCGCACGAGAUUCCCGACCGCAAGCCCGCCGCAACGUGGCCAGCGCAGGGGGAGAUCACGUUUGACCAAGUUGUGAUGAAGUACCGCCCGGAGCUGCCGGAUGUGCUCAAGGGCCUCACGAUUCACGUCAAGCCGGCUGAGAAGAUCGGUAUCGUGGGCCGCACGGGUGCGGGCAAGAGUUCAAUCAUGGCGGCGCUGUUCCGCAUGACUGAGCUUUCGUCUGGCUCGAUCACGAUCGACGGCGUCAACAUCGCCACCAUCGGCCUCGACGACCUGCGCUCCCGCAUUAGCAUCAUCCCUCAGGACCCGCUUCUGUUCUCCGGUACGCUCCGCUCCAACAUCGACCCGUUCAGCCGGCACUCGGACGCCGAGCUGUACGAUGCGCUCAAGCGUGCCCACCUCAUUCCCUCCACGACGUACGACGCGUCCAAGAGCGGCGAGGCGUCCCCCGUCUCGCGCUUCAACCUCGACUACAUCGUCGAGGAGGAGGGCAACAACCUGUCGGUCGGCGAGCGCAGUCUUGUCUCUCUCGCGCGUGCGCUUGUCCGCGACCCGAAGGUGCUGGUGCUGGACGAGGCGACGGCGAGUGUCGACGUCGAGACGGACUCGAAGAUCCAGGACACGAUCCGACGCGAGUUUGGGCACAAGACACUGCUGUGUAUCGCGCACCGCCUGCGCACUAUUCUGUCGUACGACCGUAUCCUUGUCAUGUCCGACGGCGCGGUCGAGGAGUUCGACACGCCCGAAAACCUGUUCCUGGCCGGCGGCGCAUUCACGUCCAUGUGUACCAAGAGUGGUAUCACAUUGGAGGAUAUCCGCCACUACGCAUCUAUGCGGUUUACUGUCUGAAGCAUCAACAAUGAUAUAGAAGGUAGAGCAUGCAUUUUUCUGGACAUCUG